AUGUUAUCGCAAGUUGAAUCCCUAAACAGAAGAAAAUUCAACAAAACUCAAAACAAAACUCGUAUAAAAGAGCUCAGUAUAAGCAACCAGGAUUUUCCAAACGAAACAAUUCAACUUGGCAACUUGACCCCUUCUAUCAACGUUCAGUCACGAAUAAGGCCCAAAUACAUACAAAGGCCUUUAGCACAGAAGAAUAUCAAUUCUCCAAAAUGUUCAUCAAGUUUUAAAUUCAAAUUUGAAGAUAAUGACGAAGUUUCCCGUUCUUUCAAUAAUACCAUACGAUUCUCCAAUUCCAAAAAGGAAAAUUUUAAAUCGCCGAUCAUCAAUUCCCCUCGAUCUCUGAAUUCUUCAAUGAAGCUUAACCAAAUCGUAAAGCAGGUCAAGUCUGUCGGACUUUCAGGGGAACUUGCAUACAAAGAGCACCUGUUCCAAACCUUCCAAGCUAUGAAAUUUAUAAAAAACAUUAAACCUAUAGACCCAGAAGCUCUAAGGCUAAAAACAGUCAAUCUUCCAAGGAGAAAAGGAUAUGAAAACGCAAAAACUGUUAUUUUUGACCGAGAUAGUUUAAUCUGGCGUCAUGGCCUCCUAACCGUCUGCAUUAAGCAAAUCCGGCAAGGCUUAGGCAACCCAGAAAUGGAUAGCAAUGCUAGUUAAGCAAUUUAGUAGAGUUCGGAGUCUAGCCUAAGUUAUCAGGAAUAGAUUUUACCUUGUAGGGAAGGAAAGGCUUGCAAUUAGAAAGGGUAAGUCUAGCAGUGCCUAUUCUCUAGCGUGAAACCCUGGGCUUCAAGUUGGACGUUUUUGCCGAGAGUUCCAUUGUUGGGGUUUUUGCGCAGGAAAUCAUGUUCAUGCCCGAAAGCUUGAUGGACAGCUGUCUAAAUAUGAAUGCCCAAAGCUGAGGGACAAUCCAGAGGUGAAGACAAGUGGUGCACGACACAUUGGUGGGUCGAGCCCCCGAAGCAGGGACGGAAGCCCAUGAAGGUAUGCAAUAGUGAAUGCUAAACUCAGGAUAUUAAUCUUAAUGAAAUAAUUUAAUGUUAUUUUUGACCUAGAUGAAACAUUGGUGCACUGCUGUGAAAAUCCGUUAGACGCGGAUAUUCCACUAACAGUAACUUUUCCGAAUGGAGAUACGCUUGAUGUAGGGAUAAAUGUCAGGCCUUAUGCUAGGGAAUGCUUGCUUGCAGCUUGCCAACAAUUUGAAGUAAUUGUAUAUACUGCAUCCCAGCAGUGUUAUGCUGACGAAGUCCUCGAUUAUUUAGACCCAAGCAGAGAAAUUAUUCAUCAUAGGCUUUAUAGAGAAAGAUGUGUGGUUAACGAAGGGGUUUAUAUAAAAGAUUUAAGAGUCAUAGGCAAUAGACGGCUUAAAGAUAUGCUCAUAAUUGAUAACUCAGCUUAUAGCUUUGCUCAUCAGAUUGAUAAUGGAAUUCCGAUAAUUUCAUGAUAUAAUGAUAGCGAUGACAGGGAGCUUUAUAAGCUGAUCGAUUAUUUGAAAGUAGUUGCAAAGAGUAAUGAUGUCAGGAGUGUAAAUAGGCAGACGUUCCAUUUGGAAUCGUUUUAUGACGAUUAUAUGCAUGAUUUUAUGCGUAAGGAAAAUUAA